AUGAGUUUAAGUGGAAUACUCAAAGGGAUAGAAAGAAAACAAUUUCAAAUUAAAACACAUCUUGGAAUUGAAAGUAAAACUAAAGACAAUGAACUCUCUUGUUUAAAAGAACAAUUCUUUUUAAAAGAAAAAAGGUAUCGACACUACUUAACUAAAGUUAGAAAAAUUUGUCAAUACUAUUUUUGUGAAAAUAAACAAACAGAAAAAAUCUUUUAUUCUUUAAGAAAAAUAUGUACUGAAGGGAAAAAUGACGUUAAUGAAUUAACUAAUACAUUAAACUCUCUUCAACAAACGGUUCAAUUAAAUAAAAAAGAAAUAACAAAAAUGGAAAAAAGAAUAAUGAAUGAAGUUAUAUUACCUCUAAAAGAAUAUUUAAAACAAUUUAAAGUUAUAGAUAAAAGAAUACAAGAAUGUCAUAGAAGAAGAAUAGAUAUGGACCGUAUUAAAGAAAAUGAACAAAAAGCUAAUUUUAUAAAAAAACUAGAAGAUUCCAAAAAUAAAUAUGAAAAACUUAGGGACGAAUUAGUAUUUGAAUUAAAUGAAUUAUUAAACAAUGUAGAUAAUUCUGUUGAACAAUUGACCAGUGUUAUGACUACAAUUUUUGCAGAAUUUUAUUCAAAACAAUACUUUAAUUUUAAUAUAUUUAAUAACCAAAUAAAAUACCAAACAUUCAACCCAAACCAAUUUAUUACAGAAGACAAAGGUUCUAUGGUUCAUUCAAAUAGUGUACAAAUUGCAACUAGUAAUAAUUACUCUCCAGAAAAUAGACAACCAAUAAAAAGAUCUUCUUCUUGUGGAAAACAAACCCCUAAUUAUCCUUCUACAUACUCCCAACAACUCAAAAAAUAUGGGAGUUGGUCUAGUUUAGAACGUUUUCAUACAGACCAAAUAAAUCAACAACUUAAGAAACCAAUACCACCUUGUCCUUCUAAAAAUUUGUUUCCAUUCAUUCAAUACCAACCUCCCAAUACAUCUAAAGUUCUUUGUUUAUUUGAUUAUCACUCUAAUGAUAUUCUUGAAUUAUCAUUUAAUAGAGGAGAUGUAAUAGACUUACUAAGGAAAGAUGGGUUGUGGUGGUUUGGUGAACUAAAUGGAAUAAAAGGAUAUUUCCCUUCCAAUUAUGUUCAGAUAAUUGAAUAG